AUGGGACCCAAGUCGCCCGGCUCCCAGCCCCGAGCGGCUUCCGGUGGCCGCGGUUGCCCGGAUGACGGCGGCGCCGGGGCACGCUGCCCUCUGGUGGCCGCCCUCGGCACGGCCGUGCAGUCCGUCGCGCGGCUGGAGCGCCUCCUGUCGGCAAAGCACCGGCCUGCCCAGGUCUCCCCCAUCCUAAAAAAACCCGCCCUCGCCCCCCGGGGUCCCUCCGGUUACGGCCCCGUCUCCCUCCUGUCCUUCCUCUCCGAACUGCCGGAAGGGGAGGAGGGUCCCGUUGGGCCCGGCCCCCCACCCCGCUAUAAAGCGGCCCCGUCGGGCCCGCUCGCCACAGUCUCCUCCCUCUCCCGCCGACAGCCGCACGCUGACCCCCGCCGCCCCCAGACCCUCCAACUCCAACCCCCGAGAGCCCCCAGACCCCCAAAUCCGACCCUGGGCACCCCCAGGCCCAGCCCCACCAACCCCCAGACCCCUGAACCCCGAGAAUCCCUAGGCCCUGAGGGUCCCCUGACCCCAAGGCUCCCUCCCACCGCCCCCAGACUCCAAAACCCGCCUACCCCAAAACCCGCCUGUCAGCACCCCCAGGCCCAGCCCCACCGCCCCCAGACCCCUGAACCCCGAGAAUCCCUAGGCCCUGAGGGCCCUCUGACCCCAAGCCUCCCUCCCACCGCCCCCAGACCCCCAAAUCCGACCACCCCUGAACCCCGAGAGCCCCUAGGCCCUGAGGGCCCCCUGACCCCAAGCCUCCCUCCCACCGCCCCCAGACCCCCAAAUCCGACCCUGGGCACCCCCAGACCCCCAAAUCCGACCCUGGGCACCCCCAGGCCCAGCCCCACCUCCCUCAGACCCCUGAACCCCGAGAGUCCCUAG